AUGUACAUGACUAAGGGCGACAUCAAGACGUACCCCCUGGAGUGGCCCACCAUCUGGUGCUUCUUCGCCGCCCUCCAGUCCGCCGCCGCCUUCUGCUUCGAGCUCGGCUGGCCGACCGCGUUCGCGCCGCGCCCCCGCCGGGCCAAGCCCGACGCCAACGGGACCGCGAACGGCACUGCCAACGGGGCCGCCCCCGCUAAGGAGGCCGGGAAGGCACAGUGA